AUGUCCUCAGCCGUUCCAAAAAAUGUAUCACCUUUGAUUCGUGCGUGUCGUUGGGGUCUAUUAUUGACGGGUGUUGUCUACGGUCGAAUUCAUUAUAAAACAGUAAAAGCUAAAGAAGAAAAAGUACAUGAGAAUGAAAUUAAUAAAGCAACAGAUCAUUAUAUACAAAAAUUAGGUGAAAAGAAAAUUAUGGGUGAACAAUCGAUGGUCGAAUUAGCACAUGCAGCCGGUGUUGAUCCAAAUCGUGCACGAAUCAAACAACAAAUAACGGAUGCACAACAUAAUGAUCAGACACUAGUGAAUAAAAUGGAUAAUGAUAUUACAGCCACAGCACCUGUUUCACAAUCAUUAAAAACAUCAAAAACAUCGCACCAUUGA